AUGGCCCUGGGGAUGCCAACUCUGAUGAAGAGGUCGGCCCCCAAGGCUCUGGAGAUGUCCUUUGACGUGGUCAAGGGUAUAUCCAACAAGUGGAGUGAACCCCAAACUGAUGCUGCUGGCUCACCAUCACCACAUCAUGACACUCCUUUGGAAAACAUGGGUUACUACUACCAGGUGAGUGUCAGCAUUGGCUCUCCUCCACAACCGUUUGCAUUGUCGCUCGAUACUGGAUCUUCAGACCUGUGGGUCCCUUCUCCCAACAACAAUGAGUGUCUGAGUCCUCUCUUCACCAGUAGAGGUGGAUCGUGUGGGCAAACCAACAACGUUUUCAACCGAAUGAUCUCCUCCACCUUUUCCCUCAUCAACGAGUACUUCUUCAUCUCUUACGGAGAUUCCACUUCUGCAUACGGUCUGUGGGGUAAAGAUACUCUCAACUUCAACGGUCUGACUCUCACAGACUACACCUUUGGGGUCGCCUCAGGGACCACUUCCACAACCAAUGUGUUCGGAAUCGGCCUCAAGGGGCUCCAAGCUUCCAAUGAUGCCAUUCCUGGUCAUCCUGAAGCGCCCAGGUUCACCUAUUCUAACUUACCUUAUCGACUGGCUGAAGAGGGAUACAUCAACACCCCCUCCUAUUCCCUCUACCUAGACUCGUUAGAGGCCACUUCGGGCACCAUCAUAUUCGGAGGCGUAGACGCUUCCAAGAUCCAGAGCCCCAUCACUCUUCACCCUCUCAUCAAUUUCCAUCCCGAAAACCACCCCGAUCCCGUCUCGUUCUUCAUCACUCUUGACUCAGUUGAUCUGGUCGGAGGAGUGCCUCUUAACGUGCUCGAGGUUACUUCUGCUGCCCUAUUGGACUCUGGAGCCACACUGACUUUUCUCCCCCCGUCUGCCUACGCUACUCUGGCAGACCGGUUCCAGGUCAAACAAGACACCAAAACGGGUUACAGAGUCGCCAGCUGUUCUUCAGGAAGCGUGGGCGAGUAUCUUGAGUACUCAUUCCAAGGAUCAAAGAUCCGCGUGCCCAUUUCCUCCCUGCUAGACCCCAUCAAGAAACAAGAUGGAUCGGCCGUCAUCUCUCCAGAUGGCAUCCCUAUGUGCCGCUUUCUCGUGGCCCCAAACGCCGACGACGAAACAGGCACCAGCAACAUCAUUCUAGGAGACUCCUUUCUGCGAUCGGCUUACGUGGUUUACGAUCUCGAAAACUUUCAGCUUGGGCUGGCCCAGGCGGCCACCUAUAGUAACGGGGCUUCUUCUUUGGUGUCUGCUAUCGACCAAAACGGCAUUCCUGGCUCUCAGCAACCACCCAGCUCCAAAACAUGGCAGGCAAACUCGCCAAUGCCCACCUUCCACGGCUAUGUUCCCCCUCAAGUGGAUCUGCUUUGGUAG